UGCGCGUGUUAGUGUGACUUCCUCAUUGUUACACAUCUGACUGUACACAAGCGCACGAGCUCACACGGCUCCUGUUUCACCAUGCCUUCAGAGCGUCGCUGGUGAUCACUGCGUGUAAAUGGAGCGCACUAACUUACAGAAAGCCAUAGCGAUGGCCAACAAAGCCUCACAGGAGGACGAGGCUGGGAAUUACGAGGAGGCCAUCAAGUCCUACCAGCAUGCCGUGAAGUAUUUUGUCCACAUCCUAAAGCGCGAGUCUCAGGGGAAAAAUGGAAACCAGCAUAUCCGUGAGAAGUGUUCUGAGUACCUGGACCGGGCCGAGAAGCUGCAAGAAUAUCUGGAUAAGAAACAGAAAGCCAUAGAUCUGGCCAGUAAGGCGGCGCAGGAGGACAAGGCGAAGAACUAUGAGGAGGCGCUGAGACUGUACCAGCACGCAGUUCAGUACUUCCUACACGUCAUCAAAUAUGAAGCUCAGGGGGACAAAGCCAAACAGAGCAUCAGAGCCAAAUGUGCAGAGUACCUGGACCGGGCAGAGAAGCUGAAGGAGUACCUGAAGAAGAAAGAGACAACUCCGGCUAAACCCGUCAAGGAGUCACAGUCAGAUGAAAAAGGAAACGACAGCGAUGAGGGAGAAAAUCCAGAGAAGAAAAAAUUCCAGAACCAACUCUCAGGUGCUAUAGUCAUGGAGAAACCGAAUAUCAAGUGGAACGAUGUCGCUGGACUGGAAGGUGCAAAAGAGGCCCUGAAGGAAGCCGUCAUUCUGCCCAUUAAAUUCCCGCAUCUUUUCACAGGAAAGCGCACUCCAUGGAGAGGGAUCCUACUGUUCGGUCCUCCUGGAACAGGAAAGUCCUACCUGGCCAAGGCCGUAGCCACAGAGGCCAACAACUCCACCUUCUUCUCCAUCUCCUCCUCAGACCUGGUGUCCAAGUGGCUGGGGGAAAGUGAGAAGCUAGUGAAGAAUCUGUUCGAACUGGCCAGAGAACACAGUCCGUCCAUCAUCUUCAUCGACGAGGUCGACUCUCUGUGCGGCUCCAGGAGCGAGAACGAGAGCGAGGCGGCUCGCAGGAUCAAGACCGAGUUCCUGGUGCAGAUGCAGGGUGUUGGGAACGACAACAAGGGAAUCCUGGUGCUCGGCGCAACCAACAUCCCAUGGACACUCGACUCUGCCAUCAGGAGACGAUUUGAGAAGCGUAUCUACAUCCCCCUGCCAGAGGAACACGCCCGCUCCUUCAUGUUUAAGCUGCACCUGGGCACCACGCCCAACAGUCUGACCGACGCUGACUUCGUCACGCUGGGCAAGAAGACAGAAGGCUACUCGGGUGCUGACGUCAGCAUCAUCGUGCGUGAUGCUCUCAUGCAGCCGGUUAGGAAAGUGCAGUCCGCUACACACUUUAAAAAGGUACGAGGUCCAUCCAGAGACAACCCCAACUUGAUCCUGGAUGACCUUCUGACCCCGUGCUCUCCUGGAGAUCCUCAGGCCGUCGAGAUGACGUGGAUGGAGGUUCCGAGUGAGAAGCUCCUGGAGCCUGUGGUUAGCAUGCCGGACAUGUUGCGAUCGCUGGCAAACACCAAACCCACGGUGAACGAGCAGGAUCUGGAGAAGCUGAAGAAAUUCACCGAGGAUUUCGGCCAGGAGGGUUGAGAGAGGAGCCCGAAGCAGCAGAGUCCAGGAUUUGUAAAGUCUUCUCUUCGUCUUCUCUUCCCUUAUUUUUCUUUCUGUUUCUCCUGGACUUCCUGUUGGACUGGCGAGUGGAAGGACAGAUCAGUUAAAGGCCAGUCUGGAUCCUACACGGGACCUGAUUUACGUUUAUACCAUUGGGUUUUAGUUAUUCUGGGGUUUUAAAAGCAUUCAGUUUAUUUGGAUUCACUACGUCACCGCUGGAUUAAAAAAAAAGAAAGAAAGAAAGUAAAACGUAAAGAUUUUUGUCAGAUAUGGAGCAUUAAUUUGCUGAUGUUCAGAAAUAUCCCAUCAUGAUAAUGUACAAAUUUUACACAGGUAUUUUCACCUGGCUGCACGCUUGCGCACACACAGGACACUAUCUAGACAGCGCAAAGGCAGAAAGAAUGCUGUACAUGCUGAAUAUCACAGUUUAACACCUUCCUCAGUAUCAACACAUGCCUCAGUCUGAGGAGGAUGAUGAUGAUGAGCCUUAUCAUUGGAUCGUGUCGGUUUGUGGGCUGUGUUCCAAUUCACACGUGAUGAAGCUUUAAAUCUGGCCGUAGAGCUCCCCUUUAUUCAACCGUACAAGAGUCAUGCGAUUAUAGAAAUCCGUCUUUUUAAAUAUUCCGCUGCUAACGAGAUGCUUCUGAAACACAGGACCAAUGAUUUAACUUUUUCCUCCUCAAUUCAGUCUGUGAUUUAACGAGCCUGAGUCGACUUCCCCUCACAACACAGCAGUCUGUAGCUACGCCGUGUCCAUCGUUUCCACAGUGAUUUUUACAAGUCACUUCUAUCAGACCUGAGUAGAACGGCACGGUUGGUUUCCAUAGCGAUUUGUCCAGGCUACCACAAGCAAGAAGGAUGAAGUCUUGUGUACUACAUGGACUAACUCACUGUCUCGAUCGCUACCCGUUUUGUCCAGCUAGUACGCUCAUUUGUUAGAACGUUCGAGUCAUCGAUAACGAUAACACUUUAGCUAGAUGCUUCAUCCACCAUCCUCACCCGAGAGGACGAGGGCGCACAAACCACAGGAUGGUUAAAGGCUCUGAUGGGUGUAGACCUUACCAAGGUCACACGAUGGCGAUAACAGCAUAAGUUCUGUACAUGUUUUCUGUUCUAUUACAGAGUUGGGAAUCUUUCAGUAGUAUGUAUUAGAAAUAUAUUGGAAAUUACAUUUCUUUCCAGAUGAACAUGUUCUUAUUGGCCGACAGUUACUGGGACGUCUUAGUGACUCGCUUUUAGUGUCGCGCAUCAGUUUUGUUUUUUUUUGUUUUUUUUUGGACCGUGUUGCUGCGGCAAACUUGUGCCUUCAAUACAAUUAUUUUACUUUACAUUAAAAAAAAAAAAACUCAUACCAAAUUUUUUUUGUGUAUCUCAGAAAAGUCAAUAAACAUUUAUGCACGAGA